UGCCCUCUCAAGGCUUCCGUAGGAUUCCUUCACUGUCCGUGUGUUUGCGGUGACAGACCAGAAUCACCGCGCACCAAACUAUGGAGGAGAUCAACAACAUUGAAGUCGUUCCUUGCACAGACUCCGACUACCUGAAGCCUUUCAGGGUCCACUACAACCAAAAUGGCACAAAAAAGUCUUGGGACUUCAUGCAAACCCACGACAGUGUAUCCGUGCUGAUAUUCAACACCAGCUCCCACUGUUUUGUUCUCGUCAAGCAGUUCCGUCCAGCUGUAUACAUGUGUGAGUGGGAACGGAGCAAGACGCAAGCAUCUCAAGCCACUGAAAAGACAGAGGAGGGGGCCACCGAAGCCUCAGACUCGGAGAGUCGGGAAGGCCAGGCGGACACAGAGGUGGGGGGCUCGUCCGCGUGGCCUCCGGUGGCCACGGGCAUCACGUACGAGUUGUGCGCCGGGCUGGUGGACAAACCCAACCUCUCCUUGGAAGAGAUCGCCAGACAGGAAGUGCUGGAGGAAUGUGGCUAUGAUGUGCCCGCUUCGAAACUCAAGCGGAUUACUUCUUACAGGUCCGGCGUGGGCGUGACGGGUUCCAAGCAGACCAUGUUUUAUGCCGAGGUAUCCGACGACAAUUGCGUGAGUGCAGGCGGAGGUGAUCCGCGGGAGGGCGAGUUCAUUGAGGUAGUCAAAGUACCCUUGCACGAAGCCAUGACCUUUGCCUACAAUGAGCGCAUUCCCAAAACCAUGGGCGUCAUAUUUAGCUUCAUAUGGUUCCAUAACAAUAUGUCUCCUAAGUACAAGAUCUCCACCAAUGUGUAACUACUAUUAACUUUUAUGUCCAACACUGGCCCAGCGCAGCUACUCACAUCCUCAUGCCAUCACCUCUAUUAUUAUUAUUAUGAUUAUUUAAAAUUAUUUGGGAGACUGGUUGACAUAUGCCAACGUGCAUUUUUUUUUUUGCCCUUUUUUUUAUGUUUUACGUACUUUCUUCAAAGCAAACUGCCUCAAUAGGCUCUCUUGCACUUUUUUCAUGUUGUUAUCGAUGACUUUUUCAAUAUAUGGCACCGUUCAUCCAAAAUGGCUGCAUAUCACUGUUUUUAUAUGCCGGCCCGAGAGUAAAUGAAUGAUCAGCUGCUUUCUUGAGGCAUCCUAGCCUGCAUUUACAGAGCCAUAAUUCGUUUUGUCAAUUUCCUUUUUAUGCUGUCAAGUCAUCUCUUCAGAGCAGAGUCUCUUCUGACCAACCUUGUGCACCCGGUUGGUUUCAAAACGUGCCCUUGAAAACCUUUAUUACUCAAAUUGUGGUCCAAAACAUUCAUUGCAAAAAAAAAAAAAUGUGAUCGCCAUGGUAAUUGUACUGUGUUGUUAGCAAAGCCUCAAAUCAUUUCCUAGUGUCUAACAACUAAGAAAUCACGCCAAAACAAAAAACAAUCAACCCAGAGGACAUUUGUAUUUGUAAAGUGAAAAAUGAAUUUUGCUGCAUUUACACAUGGAUACUAUCUGCUAAAAAGCUCAGGUCCAAUGAUUAAAUUGCUUAUUCCUAUUCAGGGAGAAUCUCUGUGAUGAUGACCAGCAUUUAACAAACUUAUUUGCAGCAAAAUUUUCAAUCUUCUCAAUAUCUGUGAAAAAGGGCUUGGUACCACAUUGUCUUGUUCUGCAUGCAAGGGGGGGGGAGGGCAAGGAAUUUCUUACUAGACAUUGUAGACGUUUGGUGGUACAGAUUCAAAUGACCUCAAAAACAUUCUGAUAAUCAGAUCAUAAAGGUUUGACUGCCGACUGAUCGGAGUGACUGCAAGAUGACAUUUCUGGGUUAAGUUUGGAAAUGCUAUAUGCUGUACUUAUGUAAAAGUGAAAAUUAUUCGUUGUUUUGGGAAAGUGUAAAAAAAAAAAAAAAAACUGUGACUGAUCCCCUGAUGACAAUCGACGUUUAAGCUAUAAGGUAAUUUACGAUAUUAAAAUCAUCCAAAAUGUAUUCCAAGUAUAAGCAAUAGUGUUUUUUCAGGUGUCCUGGUGCACUGUUGGUCGAAAUGCAUUGUUCGAACCUGCACCAACCAUACCGAUAUUUUCCAAAGGCGCUUCCGAGCCAUACCUUGACACAGGGUUGAACGUUCAGCUUUAGUUUGAUGACUACUGAGGCACUCAAGCAAUCAAAUUGUGCAAAACAAAGUGUACUAGCGUGCUAAAAAAACAGUUGCAUUACAAAUAUAUAAUGAGAAGAUCAUUAGCUGAACAUUUAGCGGUGGGGUGGGGGGGGGGUGCUGAUCAGGUUGACUUGACAUAUUAAAUUGGUUUUCCUUCUGAUUUGCUAUUAAAUGUAAUCUGAAGCGUUCUAUUAAAGAGCAGUCUGUUUAUGUGCCUGUAAAAUAUAGUUUUGUUCUGCCUUUACAAAGAUGUCCACCCCCUCCUUCCACAAAUCUAUAUGAUCCCGUUUAUCCGUAUUCAUCCCGGCGGACAUUUGCAUCGUGCAAUUGUGUGUUCGACAAGCCAUUUUUCACCGUAUAAAGUGACCCCCCCCCCCCCCCUCUCUUCUAAAAGCCAUACGCUCCCUCUCUUAAAGCUAACACAAUAAUUGAGGUAGAUACUUGUGUCAUCCAUUGUUGCAUAAGGUGAAAAGGACCACGAGCUCAACGCUAAGGGCAAUUCUACCUCCAUCACUCGGGCAUGAAACAUAACUAUUUUGUGCCUGUUUGCUGUCUACAAAGCGCUGACAUAUCCAAAUUUCAGCAUCACAUGAGAAAUUUCCAAAACAUUCAAUAACACCAGAUUUCCGUGUUUAGUGUCCCCCCCAUGAUUAUGCUGUAGUUGUUUCUUUAACUGAUUUAUUUCAAUCUGUUUCCAAGUCGCUUCAGUAUUUUUUUAUUUUAUUAAUUUUUUUAAAUGAGGUGCUAUGUUUGUAAAGUGAGACCGGCGGCGUCCGGUUGAAUUAGGAGUCGAGACGUAGGUGUUGCAGUUCAUUCAAAAACUCUGAGCCGCAACUAUUAAUUAAUUUGUCUAAUUACACAGCACAGCUAUAUUUUUUUUUCAGUUUUUUUAGCAAACUUGUAGCUGGAUUUACACAUACAACAAAGUGGUAGUCUGCUAUAAAACUUUUCCUUGUGCAAGCUCAUGUUAUCAGAAAUACAAAAUAUUUUUUUUAAAUCACAAGGUCAAUCAUAAAAUGAAUUUUUGUGUAUUUCUUUUCUGGUGUUGCAGACUAAGCUUUUUUUUUUUUUUAAAGAAGUAUUUUCUCAAACACAUGCAUACAUGUUUCACACUUGAUUAAGAGUGUUUGAUCUUUGUGGAUGUUGUUUUUCUGUAAUGUUACAAAUCUGUUCAAUUUAAUUACCUAAAUGUUAAUAUAUUAUACUUUUAGAACAUGAUUCUUGGUACCAACAAAUCGUGUACCAGUAUACUGUAUUUAAGUAUGAUAUCUUGCAUGUGCACUUACUGUGAUGGAAUAAACUACAUUAAGUUUAAAUAAAAUGGGUUGGAUACCCCAAAAUAA